UAUUAGAUAAUCUAAAAUUCGCAUCUUCAGCAUUCUCAAGCAUGCCUAUACGCGGGAAUAAAGGUAUUCAUUAUGCAAAUACAACCCAAAAGGGUCACAGUAAACGCGCAACAGCAACAAAAUUUGGUAUUGAGCCUAAACAACUACGAGAUUGGAUAUCGAAGAAAACGGAGUUGUUAAACGCGCGUCUAGGUAUCAGGCGUUUGCAUCAGGGUCCUCCACCAAAGUUUCCUGAAUUCGAGACUGCAUUAGUAUUUUGGAUAAGGGAGCGCAGGGCUAAAGGGAAUGUUGUUACUCGGUAUAUGGUCCAAAUGAAGGCGAAAGAGAUGGUAAUAAAUGGGUUGACGGUGUUUUGUCUCGUAACAACUUAUGUAACCGCCGCCGAACAACUGUCGCUCAGCGUCUGUAACAUGGAUGAGACCCCCUUAACGUUUGACUUACCAAACAAUAACACUAUUGAUAACGUUGGAGCUCGAACUGUCAGUAUCCGUACUACUGGUCAUGAACGAAGUUCCUUCACUGUGGUUCUCAGUUGUAUGGCAGAUGGUAGCAAACUUCCGCCUCUAGUUAUCUUUAAACUGAAGAAUAUUCCGCGUGGUACUUUUCCCCAGGAUGUUUUAGUUCGAGCUAAUCCCCCACCGGAUGGAUGA